UCCCCACCAACUUCACCUUCUGCCCUUUGGGCCCCCCGACCAUGGGUCGGAAGAAGAAGACCCUGCACGACUACGCGGCGGAGUUCACGGACCUGGGGGUGAAGCGUCAGCUGGGGGAGCCCGGCGUGUCGGGGGACCCCUCGGUAGUGGAGACACUGUACUGUAAACCCUGCCAGCUGCCCAUGCGGGUCAGGCGGGAUCGCAUCUUGGAGCACCUCUCCUCGGGGAGACACUAUCGCAACCGCAGGCUCGUCAAGCAGCCCGGCGUCCGCAACCCCAUCCUCAUAUCCGCAGCCGCAGAAGCGGGUACCAGCCUCCCCGCCCAACUCGAUCCGCCACCUCUGCUUCCUCAGCCCCCGUUGGUCUUCUCCCCCUCCCCCUGCAUCACCAGUACCAGCGCGGGCCCCGGCCCCGGGCCGAGCGCGGUGCCGUCUCCUCCGUCCUUCCCCGCAUCUCAGCGUCCUGUCCAUCCCGGAGCCAUCAGCUCCACCACCAGCGCUCCGCCCGCCCGGGAGGACCAGAUGCCAUCGACCUCCACCUCCUCCUCCGCUCACCCUGCGGCGUUCUCUGCCUUCCAACCGAGGAGGAUCCCGGGCACCUCCGGACAGGCGGACCCGAGGCUCGUGGUUUCGGAAGCGCCCAACGGCGUGGUUUCCAGAGGCGGGGUGGGACGGGGUGGGGGCCGCGGAGCUACGGUGAGCGGCCUCGGCCUAGCCCUCUUCGGGGUGGGGUACGGGAGCCCGGCGUUAUUCCGGAGCUUAACCGAAGAGACCGGUUGCCACCUGCUGUACAUAGUCGAGGACCAGCUGUGCGAUGUGGAGCGAGCCUUUAACACGGAACUGCUGACCAACACGCGAGUGCUGCGGGAGCAGGAUGCUGACAUCGUACUCAAUGACCAACGGGUCUCUGGAGUCAUGGUCUGUUCACCCCCUGACACAGCCUCGGAGAUCGUAAUUGAUGCUUUACGAGCUGGGAAAGGGGUGUUUUGCGAGAAGCUGCCUGGCUUGGACCGGCAGACGGCCGAGGCCUGUUUCGAAGAAGCCGACAGGUGCGGAAAGCCUCUGGUCUGUGGAUUCUACAAGCGUUUUGAUCCAGCUCUGCAGUUUUUAUACGAGAAAGUCCGCGACAGCCAGGCUCUCGGGAGGAUACACCGCGUUUCUGCGGUCAGCAGCCUCUACCCCUCAGCUCCUCUCAGCUUCCUGAAAAAGUCAGGUGGCAUCUUCUAUCACGUCGCCGUACACGAUAUCGAUUUCAUCAGUUUGCUGUUGGGGGAGGGUACCCCAGAUACGGUCUUCUCCCUAGGCCAUGCGUUCUGUGCAGACAUGGCUUCCUUGAAGGAUGCGGAUUCAGUCAUAGUCAGCAUGAAAUUUCCGAGUGGAGCGAUUGUAAGUUUAGACGUCAGUCAGCACUGCACAAAAAGCUGUGAUCAGAGACUGGAGGUCCAUGGUUCCCAAGGAACAUUACGGGUAGAUAAUCAGAACCCCUUGGGGAUCACUGAGCACGGGACCUCUGUCUCGCUCUGCAACCAAAGCCAGACUGAUCGGUACAGGGAAGCUUACAGAGACCUCCUUCGACAUUUUCUCAGAACCCUGAAAGGGAAGGAGCUGCCGGCCAUCACCAAAGAGCAGGUUCUGGGGGCCGUUGAGGUGGCGGCGGCCGCCGAGCAGUCCUGGUGGAACGGCUCAUCCGUGGACCUGCGUAACGAAGCCGUCGACGCCUCCAUCAUCAAGACGGAGAUCCUGUGAAGAGUGCUGCCACUGGCCACCGGGAGCUCUGAGGGCCUUUUCCUGCCAGGGAAGCCA